AUGUCGGGCCAAACAUCGAUACAAUCCAAGUUGCCAGAUUUACGCAUAAACCUCCCUCCUAACCCCCAGUCUACGCCCUCCAUGAAGAAGGAAGAGGUCAUUGAAUCGUGGGAAGAUGAUGAUCCAUCUUCCCCCACCGAAGAUGACCGCAAUACUCACUCACCUACCGAGGGGAUGGGCGGCCUCUCUCUAAAACUGUCCGACUCCGCAGACCCUGCCUUGCGACCACCGCCUCCUACUCCCAUUGUUCCAGGCAACGGUGGGCAGAUUGACUGGUCGUCUGCCCAGGUCCUUGGGGGAGGCCGUCCAAGUACCAGGCCAUACACGCCUUCUGGAGCGUCCACACCGCAGACCGACUCUGAUCGAGAACGCCGAAGACCAGAAAAGACGACAACCACCGCCAGUCGAAUGAUAGCCGCAGGUUUAGGGAUGAAAGCCCCCAAAAAGACAGAGGAACAAAGGCAGUAUGAUCGAGCGGUUAGGGAACAGGAAAUGAAACGAAGAAAUAAGGAGAAGGAAGACAGAGAGCGGGAAAGAGAAGCGGAUGAAAAAGCCAAAGCUGCUGUCUGGGAGGAUUGA